AUUGUGGCCAAUUUGUAAAGAAACUUGAUAAUUACUUUAAAAGCCCCAACACAAUUAUCUUUACAGUUUUUACGAUCUGGUGCUGGAUAAGCCUUUUGCUUCAUUCUCACUUCCUUCCUCAUCCAAAAAAGCUCCUCCAUUUCAAUGGCGACAGCAUCAGCUCUCUCAUCACUCUCUUCACUCUCACUCCACACCCGAACCUCUUCUCUCAUCUCCUCUUCCUCCACAAAAUCCAUCGUCUCUUUCUCCUCCUUCCUCAACCGCCGCUUCUCAUCUCUCACUCUCGUCAAAGCCUCAUCGACCGAUACCGAAACCAUCUUCUUCGAAGACGAAACACCAGAAAUAACCGCAAAUGUCGUCUUCGACCCACCAAUUGCUCCCGAAGGAUUCGUCUCUCCUCCGUAUUUCGACGAAGGAAGCGACGAGACAGAGGAAGAGAUCGCUACCGCUUUUGAAGAGCUCUAUGGACCUGCGUAUAGUGGUGAGAGUAUGCUUGGGAAAGAUAUUUAUGUGAUGGACUCAAAGCAUAAGAAGAGUUCAGGUAUUGGUGGGAAGCCAAAGAAAGAUAAGAUUAGAGAUGGGUUUGAAGAGAGAGUUGUGCAAGUUAGGAGAGUGACUAAGGUUGUUAAAGGAGGGAAGCAAUUGAAGUUUAGAGCUAUCGUUGUUGUUGGUGAUAAACAAGGGAAUGUUGGUGUUGGUUGUGCUAAGGCUAAAGAAGUUGUUGCUGCUGUUCAGAAAUCUGCUAUUGAUGCUAGGAGAAACAUUGUUCAAGUUCCUAUGACUAAGUAUUCUACUUUCCCUCACAGAUCAGAGGGUGAUUAUGGAGCAGCCAAGGUGAUGCUUAGACCUGCUUCACCAGGUACUGGUGUGAUUGCUGGAGGAGCGGUUAGGAUUGUGCUAGAGAUGGCAGGAGUCGAGAAUGCAUUGGGGAAACAGCUUGGAAGCAACAAUGCUCUCAACAAUGCGAGAGCCACUCUUGCAGCAGUACAACAGAUGAGACAGUUCCGCGAUGUUGCACAAGAGCGUGGAAUCCCCAUGGAAGAACUCUGGAAGUGAAAACUCAUCUUCGCUUUAACAUUUUCAUCCUCUUUUGUUGAGAUUUCUUGUAAUGAUGUAAUUCAUGAGAAAAUAUGUUUAUUUUGAAAUAGUAAAUCCUUUCUUCUCCCAUAAAAGUUCACAUUGACCGAUUCUAUUUCAGAAUGCUAUAGCUAUGGCUGAUAAGGUUGCAGGUGAAAAUGUACAAGGAAGAACACAUACACUUGUCCGAGACAUUUAUGUUAGUCCAAUGAAGAGCCCAUCAAGCCCAAUU